UAGAAAGUUUGGAAUGUGUUUUUGUUAAAGCUGCUGCAUGUAGGGGCCUGAAAACAGUGCUGGCAGCAUCGUGCUGUUGGCAGUCUCUGCUGGCACCAGUUUCUUCCCCAGCCCUGAGUCUGACACUUUGCACCUGGGAGGAGGAGGGACCGCUCUGGCUGAGGGUCAGCUCCAUCAGCACCCAGUUUGUUUUGUGUCCCGGUACAGCGUGUGCUGACGCAUGGAUCCCAUGGCAGGGGGAGGUCAGAGCUGGGAACUGUUCCUCCCACCCAAGGCCGAGGACAACCACUCGGUUCAUAAAAGGGUCAUUCAUUCAUUUGUAGGGAAAUGGUAGCGUACAGAAAGAGCAUCGUAACAGAGGUGAGGGGGUGGGUUGGGUUUUCUUGUGAUAUGCACCACCAGCAUGCUUGAUAUCGUUAUUUAAGGCGCACACUGUGGGUGCCCAUCCCAUGGCCUCAAGCUUGCAUAGCUCUGCAGACAGACCUUGCCCACCCCAGAGAGCCUGGGCUGUCCUAUGGAUGCCCAGCAAAGUGACCAACUGAUGGCUUUCCAUCCUCUUUGUGAGAUCCAGCCCAUCUCCUGCUCCUCGGGCACUGUGAGGAGGCACGGAGUCACCACUUCCCACUGCCACCAACGUGGCUUCUUCCACUGGGGUCCCAAGGAGCCUGUGGGGGGGUCAUGGUGCUGAUGUGGGCAUGGGGCCAGUGGUACCAUCUCCCCAACCCCGGGAGCACGAGCCCUGUGUGGAAGGGGAGGGGAGCAAUGAAUGCACGUGGCUGCGGUGCAGGAAGGAGCAGCGUGCUGAGCACACAGGCAGCCAGGCAGCCCCAAGCUGGGCGCAGGCUGUUCCCAGGGCCUCUGCUACGUGAUUGCUGUUGCUCUCCUGCAAGCUCCCACAUGUCCUGUGAGGCUGUGAGGGCUUCAGAGCCAGGCUGUUUGGCAGGGCUGCUGUGCACCUCCAUAGGUGUGGGCUCAAACCUCCAGGCUAGAAGGAGCAGCUUGUGCUGCAAAGCGAGUCUCCCUGCUCCACACCUGCCUGUUCUUUCCCGGAAUCCUAGCACUGCAUGGUCCAGAUCCAGCCCUGCUCUGCACCCGCUGCCCUCAUUCCAUCAGCUGUGUCACAGAUCAUAAAGGUGUUCCGUGGGGUCUCACUGCUUGGACAUCCUCCCCUAGUUGUCAAGGAGAGACAUCAUCCAGCAGUGACUGCACUGGAGCACGAGCAUCCCUUCCCUCUGCCUUCUGGUGGCACAUGCAUCUGGGUGGGAUGGGAAGGGCUGCAAGCUCAGACUGUCUUAGUCAAUGACACAGUCUCGGGAUUUAUCGGGACAGACGUGGUCCUGCACUGCAGCUUCACCAACCCACUCCCCAAUGUGAAGAUCACGCAGGUCACGUGGCAGAAAGUCACCAACGGCACCAAGCAGAAUGUGGCCAUUUACAACCCUGCCAUGGGGGUCUCCAUCCUCGCACCCUACAAAGAACGGGUGAUCUUCCGGAACCCUUCCUUCAAAGAUGGCACCAUUCAGCUCUCUCGGCUCGAGUUGGAGGAUGAGGGAGUUUACAUCUGCGAGUUUGCCACCUUCCCAACCGGCAACAGGGAAAGUCAACUGAACCUUACAGUGCUGGCCAAACCCACGAAUCGGAUGGAGGGCACCACGCGGCCGCUUAUCGCCAAGUCAGGCAGGACAGAAAAGAUCUUGGUAGCCACUUGCAUCUCCUCCAACGGGAAGCCCCCAAGCACUGUCACCUGGGACACCAAGCUGAAAGGGGAAGCAGAAUUUCAGGAGAUCCGGAAUAGCAAUGGCACCAUCACGGUGAUCAGCCGGUACCGCUUGGUGCCGAGCCGCGAAGCCCAUCGGCAGCAGCUCAUGUGUGUGGUCAACUACCAGCUGGACCGCUUCACAGACAGCAUCACCCUCAACGUGCAGUAUGAGCCAGAAGUCACCAUCGAGGGCUUCGAUGGCAACUGGUUCCUCAAUCGGAAAGAUGUCAAGCUGAUAUGCAAGUCUGAUGCCAACCCCCCAGCUCACACCUACGAAUGGAAGCUGCCAAACGGGACUCUGCCAGGGAGUGUGGAAAUCCAGAACAACACCAUCUAUUUCAAGGGCCCCAUCUCCUACAGCGUGGCUGGCACCUACAUCUGUGAGGCUUCCAAUGCCAUCGGCACGCGGUCGGGCUUGGUGGAAGUCAAUGUCACAGACAAGCCACUACCUCAGGGCGCCCUGGGAGGCAUCAUUGGCAUCGUGGGAGGUGUCAUCGCUGCAGCUCUCAUCCUUGGUGUGGCUGUCACCGUCUUCAUUGUCUACAGGAGGCAACAGAAGGACCGCACAGAGGCAGACCAUGACCUCAUUGACUUGCCUCCCUCCCACAAACCUGCCCCUCCGCCGAAGAGGAAGCAGGAGUUGAAAAGCCACCUGACUACUGAAGACAUCCAGGUUGUUCACUUGGACAACAUGAAGCAUGAGGAAGAGCUCCAGAAGCUCCCCCUGCAGCCCCCAUACUACGACAUGGCAGCCAGUGAGCCCUCUGCCUACACCGACAAGCUGAACUUUGGAAAGUGUCACUCAGAGAUACCGAAUGCGAGUGAUUACCUGACCCGCUGCUACUCACAUGACGGUCGCUAUCUGCAGAAGAUCCCCCACGUUUACGCCCCGCUGUCAGACCUCCCACAAGAUCUCUAUCCUCACCACCCCGACAUCUCCUUCUGCUGCCCUCCUCCCGGCUCCCGGGCUCCGUACAUCUGUCCUAAGGAACAGUAUGUUUAAACAUCAGCACAGAGAAACGAAGACGCUCAUGGUUUUCACUCCCCCCGACCCCAUCACUCAACAACCAAGGCCUUUUAAACCCCCUCUUUGCCAUUUGCUUAUUUAUUGAUUUAUAGGUAUUUUUUAAUUUGGGUGCAAUUGUAAGUGACUUGGUUAGGUUAAGCGUCUGCCUGGCUUCUUCACGCCCAAGGGAACACUCUGCCUUCGCCCACAUCUCAUCCCAUCCCUGAGACUCUCUUUCCUCGUGCUGGCCCUCCUGUACCAAGCUGGCUAUGUGCGUGCAUGUGUAUGUGGGUGGCAGCUGCCCUGCGUUGGAUGGGAUGUGCCCAACCCCAGAUUAAAUGUCCGUAGGUUCCCAUCUCCACAGUUUGCACCAGAGUAGCCAGGUGUGGAUUCUUCACGACCCCUUUGGAGAAAAUGGUUUUCCCCAUUGGCAGAUAGGAGACCCCUGUUGCAAAGAGAUAACCAACCAAGAUUACUGAACCAAAUAAUAAGAUGCUUCUAAAGAAAGAUGCUCAAAACCAACCCAAAGGAGAAGGAAGGGCUUGGUUUAGGGAUUGUGUAUGUCCUUCUUCUCUCCUACUCCCACUUCCAAUUGCUUGGAUUGGCUCUUUUUAACCCAAAUGGCACUGGCAUGUAUUCAAAGCAAAGGCAUCAGAGAAAGUAUUCUUUGAAUAACCUUCUUAUAACCUGAAACCCAGAGGGGGAAAAAUUUGAAAGGAAAACGAUAUAUCUCAUUUUCCUUUUCAGAGCCUAGUGUAACCCCCCACUAGCUUUUCUCCCUCUUCUCCUUGCAUUUGUUGAUUGGAAUUUCAAAAUGAACUCAGGCAGAAUAUGAAGAAAAAAAAUCACGAUUUCAGGUAAUCUUCUUACUCUUAAUGAAGGAUAAAAGCCAACAGAGGAAUCUGGCCUUUUAACCUUUUUUAAAGCAUCUUAGUUUGGGGACUAUUUAUUUUUUCUAAUAUUUGGAAUGUGUGUGGGUAUGUAAAUCCAAACGUGUACAUUCCUGCAACCAUGAAGUGUUUUAGAGAAGGGAAUUUAUCUCCACAUCACAUUUGUGUUCACUUGUAUUAGAGGACAAAUAAAUAUAGAGAUACACUUAUAUGUAUAUAAAAGCAAAGAAGAGGAGAAAAAGGAAUGAAAACCUCACAAGAGAGCUUGGUUUUGAGGAUAACCUUCACCUGUUUCACCCAGCUGUGGCAGAGAAGAGGUGAGGCUGGGACAGCUGAGAACAAAGUGUGUGCCCUCUUGGGGAAUGGGCAUUUGCUUUCCUUUGUCCCGGGUUGGGGAUUGGACAUUCUGCAGACAGCAUCACUCCAGACACCAGGAGGAUGUCAGAGUCAAGAGUGGGGGGAGUGGAAGGAAUCACACCACCACCCUGCUGCCCAGGCACCAAACUGAGCUCCAGUGCCACUUCCACCACUGAGCAGCCCACCCCACGCCCAGCUCACUGCAGGGUGAGGGUGCUGACCUGGAUGCUGUCCUGGGAGCUGCCCAAGCACUCUGGAACCUCUUUAUUUUUGUAUAUCCAAAUUUAAGCAGCUGUAGUUGUUCUAUGCACUUUCUUUGUUCCCAUCACCUCGAGCAGCCAUGGGACUCACCCUGCUUGUCCUCCUUUCUGCACAGAGAAGCACAGCCUUGCCGAGUCCCUGCAGGCAUAGAUGAGAAAUGGAUGGGGAGGUGGCUGAGGGUCAUGCCUGGGUGGCAGGCAGGGUGCAGGCAGAAGGAUGCUGAUGCCUUUUCCAGCUGAAAUAGGCAAUGCCUGCACAGCACAGCAGCUUCUCUGUGCUCCAGUGCCUGCGGUUCUCCCAUGCCCAGAGGGUCAGGAACUGUAGGACAUCGCCUUAGAGUAUGAGGUGCAACUUUUCCAAUGCCACCCUGUCGGUCUUGACUGAUUGAGGCCUUUUUGGAGUCGUUUGGACUCCUAUUUCAGUCUCCAGAGAACUCAGCCAAGCACAUCCCUACACCAACGGACCUGAGUGCUUCAGAUAACGUGUUUUUCUCCCUUUUGUUUUCUUCUCAACACACCUUGGAGCACUUUCUGUCUACCACCAAGCUAGAACCAGGUGUGCUCUGAGCUGAAGCCAUGGCAGCACAUCCAGCCCAGCAGGGGCGACCAUGCUUUGGACUCUGCCAAGUCUGCUUUUGGUCAUCCUGUUAAGAAAAAUGGAGCGGUGCUGGAAAACCCUGGGGUCUGUGAUGUCCUGGAGCCAACCCAGCAUCACUGCUGAGAGAAAAACCUUCCACAUUUCCCUGUCUGCAUGCCUGUAAUAGCAGGAUGCUGCCUGCACAGCAGCAAUUAAGGUAGAUUUGAUUGGGAGCCUUCAUCUGCUGCAGUUUCAGCCGGAUCUAAACAUUUAAAUGGGAAGUGGAAUACAGUCAGGUCUUCAGGUGAAUUAGGAAAAAAAGCUAGGGGAAAUGGCUGUUUGCCAGACAGCAUUUUGCAAGUGGCUUCCUCUGCUGCUGGUGGCUGGAGGACGGUGCUUUGAGGAGGAGGGGGAAGCAGAGGCACAGAUUGCAGCAUUACACAGAGCCCGUGUGCGCCUUUGAAUUGGAACUGCCCACAGAUGGCAGCCACAAAGGGUUUUACUGUGCUUUUCAGCAAAGCAACAGGAUUUCGGUCCUCCUCAGGAAGGGGAAAAGAGAGAAAAGCCUAAAUUCAAUGUAGCCUCUCGACAGUACAAACGUUAAGCCUAGGGAUGCCUUGGUUCUCUUUGCCUCUUAAUGUUCUCUCUUCUCCUUAAGAAAUGCAUUGGUCUCAAAGAAUAGCAAAAAGAAAGUCUGUGCACACCACCGAAUUGUGGAAAGAGGCAAAACCCCACCUGAAGAAAGAGACAGAGCACUAUUCGAGCCAUUUGUUUUGGUUUUACAAAGCCACACUUAGCAAUGCUCUAAUGCUCCAAGCCCUCCCUCCCUUCCCACGUGGUUGCACGACGUUUGCCAAAUGGCCACUUCCAAACUUUGCUGGACCUGAUGCCAAGGGCUGAACACUGGCUUUGCUCCAUGCUAAGGCUGCCCACGCUGACCUUGCAGGAGCACAAAGCCAGCAGUGCUGAUGGGAGGCGUUCCCCUCUUGCCACGGCGUGUGCUGAUUUGCAAAGAUACUGCUCUGGGAACAGAAACGUUGCUGGGUGGAUGGCUGAACAAGUUGAGCAGGAAACUGGUUGGGUUUGUGCUAGCAGCGUGCAUUGGGGAGUUGGGUGUUAUUCCCCACGUGAGACAUGAAGCCAUUCCUCCUGUUGCUUUGUACUGGGGUGAAAUGUGGCAAUUUCUGUUCCAUGCGCCGGUGGCAUUGACACAAGAGCUCUUGCAGAUGGAAACGACUGAUCACAGAACUUAAAUAAAAGUGAACU